AUGGAUAGGUCAUGGAUGCAUGCUGAUAGGAGGUCUUAUAAAUAUAAGUUAGGGGUGGCAAAGUUUUGUGAGUUUGCUUUGGGAAAUGCUAGAUACCCUAACUGUAUUUGUUGUCCUUGCACAAAGUGUGGAAAUGUAAAAGAUUUUUCUGCACAAGUGAUAAAGGAUCACUUAUUUGUAAAUGGGAUUGACACAGAUUAUGUGAAAUGGACAGAACAUGGGGAGGUUAUAGUGGAGUCGGGAUCAUAUACGGAUAGUGAAAGUGUUGAAUUAGAGACAAUUGAAUCUGACUCUGUGCAGGGUAACAUGAGGGCAGAUUAUGAAGUAGAAUUAGAUAGUGAUGUGGAGUUGGAAGGUGAUGAAGAUGAGGAGCUUUCCAGUGAGUGUAAUGAAUUUAAGAAGUUUGUUGACGAUGCCAACAAACCCUUAUACCAUGGUUGCAAUAGGCACACCAAGAUGAAUGUGCUUGUGAGGCUUUACAACUUGAAAGCCAAGCAUGGUAUGAGUGAUUCGGCUUACUCGGAUUGGUUGAUUGCCUUUGCUGAGUAUCUUCCUGAAGGAAACGAGAUACCUGCCUCUGUGUACGAGGAAAAGAAGAGUUUGAGUGCAUUAGGAAUGGAUUACACCAAAAUACAUGCCUGCCCUAAUGACUGUAUUCUGUGGAAAAUAUGCAAAAACAAGAAAGAAAGAGAGGGAGUACCUGCAAAAGUCUUGUGGUACUUCCCUCCUAUUCCUAGGUUCAAAAGAAUGUUUCAAUCAAUUGAAACAUCAAAGAGUUUAACCUGGCAUGCCACUGACAGAAACAAGGAUGGCUUAAUUUGCCAUCCUGCAGAUUCAGCAUCUUGGAAGUUAGUGGAUGAAAAAUGGCCAGAUUUUGGUAAUGAACCACGAAACCUACGACUUGCAUUGUCAUCAGAUGGGUUCAAUCCCCAUAGUACCUUAAGUAGCAAGUACAGUUGUUGGCCUGUAAUUUUGGUAACCUACAAUCUGCCUCCAUGGUUGGUAAUGAAGAGGAAACACAUGAUGCUUACCUUAUUGAUAUCGGGGCCUAAACAACCGGGAAACGACAUAGAUGUUUACCUUGAACCGUUGAUAGAUGACCUGAAAGUGUUGUGGGAAGGAGUCAAUGGAGUUUACGAUGCCAUCAAGAAUGAAACCUUUACUCUAAAGGCUCUACUUUUCUGGACAAUCAAUGAUUUUCCAGCGUAUGGUAACCUUUCCGGGAGCAUAGUCAAAGGCUAUAAUGCAUGUCCCAUUUGUCUUGAUAAAACAGAACCUACAAGGCUAGUUCACGAAGGGAAGAUGGCUUACACCAUUCAUCGUAGGUUUUUAGGAAUGCACCAUCCUUAUCGUAAGUUAAAGGUUGCUUUCAAUAACCGCCCAGAACAUGCAGUAGCUCCGGUGCCGUUGACUGGAGAAGAAAUGUUGAGAAGGAUGGAGGAGGAAGUUCCACAUUGGCCUUAUGGGAAGAAAUAUCCUCCUCCUGCUUAUAAGGGUGUUGAGGAUCAAACAAGGCCUUGUUGGAAGAAGAAGUCGAUAUUUUUUCAGUUUGAAUAUUGGAAGUAUCUCCCUGUUAGGCACUGCCUUGAUGUCAUGCACAUUGAAAAAAAUGUGUGUGAUAGUCUAAUAGGGAUGCUGCUGAACAUUCCUAGAAAAACUAAGGAUGGACUGAAAACUCGGUUAGAUUUGGUGGAACUGGGUAUAAGAUUAGGAUUGCAGCCAAAUCUAGAUGGUCCGAAAAAGAAACGCUUGCCUUUGGCAAGUUGGAACCUAACAGUAGAUGAGAAAAGAUGUAUGUGCGGUUGUUUUCAUGGCAUGAAGGUUCCAGAAAACUAUUCUUCAAACAUUUCCAACCUUGUGUCAAUGGAUGAUUUAAGGCUGACCGGACUGAAAUCUCAUGAUUGUCACUCCUUAAUGCAACAACUACUCCCUGUUGCAAUCCGAGGUGUGCUGGAAAAACCAGUUAGAGUUGCCGUAAUCAGGCUUUGCAUGUUUUUCAAUGAAAUCUGUAGUAAAACUAUAGAUGCUUCAAGGCUUCCGAAAAUCCAAAGUGAUUUGGUUGAAACUUUGUGUGAGCUUGAGAAGUAUAUGAAGGUGUGCAAGGGAUAUGUUAGAAAUAAAUGUCAUCCGGAGGGGUGCAUUGCUGAGUGUUACAUUGCUGAAGAGGCGGUUGAGUUUUUAGCGGAACUAUUCUUCGACGACAAGACUGUUGGCAUUCCAGAAGCCCCCAACACAGACGACAAGCCUACCUCAGGUGCUGUUGUUGUGUCAAUUUUUGGCAAGGACUAUGACCAAGCUCAUUUGUGUGUUCUUCAAAACACCAUUGUAUUCAGAAGCUAUUUUGUGGAACACAUGGAGUAUCUGAAGAGGGAGUUUCCAAACUACAAAAAGAAUGGAAAGUGGCUGGUUGAGAAACAAAACCAGACUUUUGCUGAUUGGGUGAAGGAGAGGGUUGCCUCUAUGCUUAAUGAACCUGAUUGUGACAUCCCCGAGAUUGUGAGGUGGCUAGCAGAUAAACCAGGGAAUGAAAUACCAAAGUUUAGUGGCUAUAGAAUAGGGGGAUUCCAGUAA